AACGAAAACCGUCACUUUUUCAAACUUUGAAAUUACGCAGUCGUAACUCUGUGAGUCGUGAACAUUGGCUUCACUAUUGUGUUGUCGUUUGGUUGAAUUGAAAUAUCCUAUUGCCAUAAAAAUAAAAUGUCCGACAUAGAUUUGGAAGUCAUACUCGAUAGAUCUGACGGUGAAGUUGAAUGCUUUUUGGAUGUAGAUAAUGAAGUGUUUUUUGGUCCUGUUACUGGAAACGGAGAUAGAAGUUAUGAAGCCUUUACCACGAAAAACUCUUCAUCCAUGUGAAAUUGCACAAAUAUCAAAGAGAGGCAUGACUUUCCACGAGAGGGAAGACUUCAAAGAUCAAGUUCAAAGAAAUGAAAUGAAUGACAAAGCUAUUAAUGAAGUUUAUGGUCUUGAUCCUGAUACUACAGAAGAGUCAUUUACAAGUUGCUGCACAUCAAGUGGAGAUGUGGCAAAACAACUUUCAUGUGACAUAAUAAAUGUCAAUAAUAUAUCUGUUAAAUCAUUAUGUGGACCAAGUAUAGCACCCAGUUUGGAUAAUUUGUCUGACUCAAGCAUAAACCAAAAAGAUGAUUCAUCUCUAUUAGAGUCAAGCCCUGACCAAUCUCAUGUUGAGUCUGUGCAUGAAUCAAUCAUAGACAGGAGUCAGCUGGAAGUUUCUGAUGUUGGUGAGCUAAAUGACACAUGGGAAAUCCAAGAAAGGAUGCUUGCAUUAGCUGAAAGGCUGGAAAGAGGAGAAGAUAUUCCUGAAUUAGGUAUUUGUCAUCACUCUUCAGGAGUUGUGGAGUACACAGCAAGAGGCAGCAAGUCUCUGAAGGAAAACAAAUUGAAGGCGUCUCCGCUCGACAACCAGCUCCAUGAAGCCAGUGAAAACGAAGGCGGAAAUGUUAACAUUAAAGUUCAGGAUUUAGAGGAGUGUAAAAACAGGAAAAGCGAUCUUGAACAUUAUGUUGCAGAAAAUAGUGCUGCUCUAACUCAAUAUCCAGCCAUGAAAUUAACCAUGGAAGAACGAAAACGAAAUCUGUAGAAGCCCUGGCCGAAGAAAUGGAUUGUCUAUUUUUGGCCGAAAGUAUUCUAGAAACACCAACCAAGAAGGACGCGCAAAC